AUGGGGCAGGUUGCGAGCUGGUGCCUCGGCGACGAAGAGCACGAGCAUGCACACACCCUAUUCAAGGAGGACAAGGCGUCCACAAGGACUGCAGCGCCCAACACUACAGCCCAGUCGGCGGGGUCAGAUCAGAACGAGCAGAGCGAGAUCUACCGGUCUCGGCCCAAACCCAUCAUGGCGUCGGGGCCAAUGUAUGCAGCAGGAACGUUCGAAAGCAAAUACACACUCAAGGCUAUCAUCGGCAACGGCAGUACGUCCGUGUGCCACUUGUGCGAAGAGAACACGACGAAGAAGCAAUUCGCAUGCAAAGUUAUCGACAAGCGAGCCAUUCAAAGCAAGAGCGACGACCUACUCGAGCAGUUCCAGGUUGAGAUUCAAGUGCUACAAUCCCUCGACCACCCCAACAUCAUCCACAUGGAAGACGUGUACCAGACAGACAGUCGCAUCUGCAUGGUGACGGAACUCAUGGAGGGCGGCGAGCUUUUCGACUACGUUGUGCAAAAAGGCACGUUGUCCGAGGUCGAGGCGAGCUGCUUGGUGCGGAAGAUCACGUCCGCACUUGCGUACAUGCAUGCAUGCGGCGUCGUCCAUCGCGACCUCAAGCCCGAAAACGUGCUGCUCACGUCGCCGUCCCCGAACGCCGAGAUCAAGAUCAUCGACUUUGGGCUGGCCAAGCUUCUGCACAACAGCCAAACGCGGUCGUUCCUGGGGACGCGGGGCUACUUGGCACCAGAGAUGCUUCGGCGCCAGUCGUACAGCAAAUCGAUCGACGUAUGGGCUCUUGGUGUCAUUGUGUACGUGCUCCUGUGUGGAUGCCUUCCAUUCAUCGACGACGGAAGCAAGAUCCACAGCGACAAAGCCGCGCGAGCCAAGUUUGGGCUGCGAUUUCCGCGGUGGGCAAGUGGGCUGUCGGAAAGUGCCAAGGACCUGCUGCGCCACUUGCUAGAAGUCGACUCGGACAAGCGAUACACGGCCGAACAGGCUUGCCUGCACCCGUGGGUGACAGGUCAGCGCACCCCAAACAAGUUUUUGGAAUCGCCGAACUACCUCAAGUCGAUCAAGCAGCGCCAUCAAGCUGUCGUGGCGAAUGCUGCCGCGAGCCAGACGACCGACAACUCAACUGUCCUUCGAGACCGGCGUCUGUCGCAUUGA